UCAGAAGAAAUGGAUCUGGCAAGUUUGUCAUCACACAUUAGCCAACAACGUCAGAAUGUGGAGUUAGAGAAAGCAAAACAAUCGGUUACAGUUAAAACGGGCGUUUACUAUGAUACAAGUGGACAACGUCAUACCACUAAUGACCCUGGCAUUCAUUUUACGGAAGCCGAUCAAGUUAUUUUGCAGCUGGCUCAAACUGGCAAAGCAAUACCCGGCUCUGGUGUUUUAGAACGUAAACCUCUCAGUGAAUCACAGAAAACAGCCCUUUACAAAGCAAAAAAGUAUGCAAUUGAAUUGAGUUUGAAAAAUGUUAUUAUGAAACAGAGCAUGGUUCAUCAACAACAACGUGUUCAGAGUCUGCAACUCGCCGCAAACAAGGAGAGAGCCAUGAGUCUCAUGUGUCGAAUCUACAUUGGAUCAGUCUACUAUGAGGCAAACGAAGAUGCAGUGUCUGGGAUGUUCUCACCGUUUGGACCUCUUAAAAGUGUCUGCAUGACUUGGGAUAAUGUUACAGGUAGACAUAAAGGUUUCUGUUUCCUUGAGUAUGACAUACCCGAAGCAGCACAACUCGCUCUUGAGCAGAUGAACAAUGCAAUGUUGGGAGGGAGAACAAUUAAGGUGGGCCGACCUUCCAAUAUGCCACAAGCUAUGCCGAUCAUCGAGCAAAUCAUUGAGGAGUCUAAAAACUAUAGCCGAAUCUUCGUUUCCUCACUGCAUCCCGCUCUGAAUGAAAACGACGUCAGAAGUGUAUUCGAGAGCUUCGGAAAUAUUGUGAAUAUAAAUAUGCCUCGAAAACUAGACGAAGAUCACUGUCCGCAUAAAGGAUACGCCUUCAUAGAGUACGACUCACAUAAAGCAUGCAAUGACGCCAUAGCAGGGAUGAACAUGUUCGAUUUAGGAGGUCAAUUGCUUAGAGUCGGUAAGGCGAUUACUCCUCCGGACCCCCUACUGAGCUUCCUUGGCCCUGCAAUUUUGACACCCGAUGAGCAGUUGGCCCAGUCUAUUAAAACUGCUCGUCAGGCCGCAGCUAACUAUUGCGGUAUUUCAGAAGCAUUGCAAAGCCAACAAUUUACAGUCAUAGCUCAGGAAUGUCUCGACGAAGUAGGAGUUGAUCUUUCGGAUCUGAACGACCUGGUUCCUCCAGGAAUGUCCUUGAAGGUCAUCAAGCAGCAAGAAAGAAUGAAGGAAGAACAAGAUAUGGUUCCUGAGGUGGAUACUGAUGCUCUGCAGGACUUCGUGGUUCCUGACUUGACGACUGGCAACACCAUUAACUACGGGGAAACAGUUGUUCCCGUAAUCACUGUACCUACACCUUCCGAUCAGGCUCCUGAUCCACAACAACCAAUGCAGCAAUACAUUCCGCCUAAACAGGAGCUGAUUCAGAAACAGCCUGAGCCGCAGCCAGAAAUGGAAGCUGAGUUUUCGACGUCACUCAGUGCCCAGGAGGAGAUAAGUAUUUCGGGAGGGGGAGCCAGACAGCGGUUGAUGCAGAAGCUAAUGCGUGAGACCAGAUCGAGAACUAUAGUGUUACGUAAUAUGGUGACUGUGGAUGAGAUAGAUGAGUACCUGGAGGAUGAGAUUACAGAGGAGUGUUCUAAAUAUGGCAAGGUGUCCAAGGUGCUGAUAUAUCAAGAACAACAGGGGGUUGAGGACGAUGCGCCUACAAUUGUGAAAAUAUUCGUCUCCUUUACUGAGCCUUCGGGAGCUGAGUCAGCUGUUCAAGCGAUGAACGGGCGCUACUUUGCAGGCAGACCGAUUAUUGCUCAAAUAUACGACCAGGGAAGAUUCGACUACGAAGAUUUAUCUGGAUAGAAAAAUACCGUUCCUUAUCUUGUAUGGAAUUAUGUAUUCCAUAACUCACCCCAAGAAAGUUGAGCGAAAAAAGCGCUUCAUCUAGCUAGAGAAAACUCGUCGAUGUUGGUAAUGAAACGUGUUCUUAUGCGUAUCGUGUCUCUCUUGAAUUUAUUGUUCAGUUGUUUAUAAAAGACCGAUUGAUUUCACCUUAAUUUAACUUUUUUAUUUUU